UCUGUGGACUUCUGUGCACCGUGAAGGGUGAGAUGGGAGGACACGGAGGGCUCAACAUCCUCCCGCAGAAGAGGUGGAACGUCUACAACUAUGAGAAUCGGGAGAAGGUCCGGCGAGACGAAGAGGCGGCGGCCAAGGAGGAGCAGUUGAAGCAGGAGCAGGCCAGGCGGCGGGACGCUGAGUUCCGCCUUGAGCGCCUCAGAGCCCUCCGCGGCCUUCCCUCUCGAACCAACGAAGAGGCUCCCGAUUCUGGCCCAUCUUCCGUUCAGGAUGAACAGGCGACUUCGGAUUCCGGGCACAUCAACCUCUUUGAGGGCCUCAAGGUCUUCCCCUUCGGCGGUGAAGGAGAAGACAAAGGCGAGAAGGAACGGUCGGAUGACCGGAAGAAGGGGCAGGUGAAGCGGAAGAGGGAGGAGCCCCCUAGGGUUGUGACGGCGGAGGACGAGAAGUACCGGAUGGGGUAUGGGGUCGCCGGACCAGGCGUGAAGAAGCCCUGGUACCUCUCGCGGACGAUCGGCGUUGUGGCGGAGACUGACGAAGCUGAGAGCGUCUCUGAACGGCGAUCGAGCGAAUCUGUGAAGAAGAGCGGGAAGAAAUCAAUUGCAGAACUGAGGGAGGAAAGGAUGAAGAGGGAGAAGCAAGAGAAGGAAAGGGCUCGACUGUUGCUGUCUAAGGUUAAUGGAAAAUUUGAUAGACAGAGUAGGAGAUAUUCAAGAUGAAACACUCUUUUGUGUUUCUCUUCUUUGUUCGCUAAGUUUUGACUGUGUGUAUACUAUUUUGAUUGUGCAAUUUGUAUAUCGUGAAAAAUAUCAGUCCAGCAGUUGAAAAAAAAAAUGAAAGAGAAAAUUGGUCUUCUGUUAAAAUCUUGUCCGAUA